AUGGCGGGUUACUACCUUUUUCUACAGCUAGGAUGUGCAUUUGGAUUGUUGGCUGUGACGGCUUUUUUUGGAUUUAUACCUCUAUGGCUUCUCGAAUUCCUGCGGAAGAAGGGAAAGGACCAAUCGGAAAGCGGAUGGCUGUCAUACCUCUCGUGUUUCUCAGGAGGAGUAUUUAUGGCGACCUGCUUCCUAGAUGUCAUCCCUCAUGUUAGCGAGAAUUAUCAAAAAAUGAUUGAAGAUUACGGUGUGGAAUAUCCAGUUCCACUGUUUCAAGUGUUCAUCUGUUGCGGCUUCUUUUUUGUCUACUUCAUUGAAGAAAUCACAGGAUUGAUAUUUGGAGCAGGAGAACAUGGUCAUUCACACGGGCACGGCCACUCCCAUGCAGGACCUAUUCAUGUUGACAACAAGGAAGAGAAAGUCACGAAUCUCGUUGUGGAAGAAGCUGCUCCUUGGGUGGUUUCCGAUGAGAAGAGCAACUUCCUCAAGUCACUUACCUUUGCUGCAGCAAUGUCCUUCCACUCACUCCUGGAGGGAUUCGCUUUAGGAGUUCAGGAUAGUCAAACAGCCAUUAUUACCCUCUUUCUCUCACUUCUUCUCCACAAAUCUAUUGAAUCCUUCUCUGUCGGACUCCAGAUUUCCAGAUCCAAUAGCAAUAAGAAGAAAACUGUGAUCUUCACCAUUCUGGUUUAUGCAUUCAUGACACCUCUUGGAUCAGUUCUUGGCUCAGUUCUCCAAAAUGUUGGAGGUCCAUCUUUCACCAAACAAUUCGUCAUUGUCCUUCUCGAAUCAGCUGCUGCCGGAACUUUCAUCUAUGUGACCUUUUUGGAGAUCCUGGCCGCCGAGAAGAACAAUCGAUUUAAUUCUCUGAAACAACUCGCUGCUAUUCUGUUCGGUUUCAUCCUCAUCCUAAUGCUCCAAAUUCUUUUCGGCCACGAGGCUCACGGACAUGCUCAUGGAGAUCCAGCCUCAUCGGACCACGGUCCAUCUAUUAACCCAAUUCCAUCUGUUUCUUCUUUCCUUGUUUCCUCUCCAGCCAUAUAA